UCUCUCUUGCCUCGAGUGUUGCAGGCUGCUGCUGCCAGCAUGGCAGAUUCGAAGGGCUCAAAACGUUCUCAGCCGCCGUGGAAAGCGCCAGACAAUUCAAGCGCACCGCAACUACGCCUUUACAACAGCCUUACGAGAUCUAAAGAAGUGUUUGUGCCUCAAAAUGCCAACCGCGUGCUUUGGUACAGUUGCGGUCCGACGGUGUAUGACGCUUCACACAUGGGCCAUGCCCGUUCUUACAUCAGCUUCGAUAUCCUUCGUCGGGUGCUUACGGACUACUUCGGCUACAACGUGUUUUACGUGAUGAACAUUACGGACAUCGACGACAAGAUAAUCAAAAGGGCCAGGCAAGAUCACCUUUUCGCUAGCUACCGCAGCAAUCUAGAGCGGUCACCCGGUACACUUCUCAGUGACGUGAAAGAAGCUGUUGAACGGUACAGGGCAAAACUUGACCAAGAGGAUGACCCGGAUAAGCGAGUCAUGUGUUCGCGCCUAUUAGAUCAGUCGCUGCAAGCUCUUGACGUUUUCGAAAAAGCUUCAGGUGACGGAGGACGGGAGGCGCUCCUUGACAGCGCCAAGGAUCCGGUGUCCGAGUGGUUAGACUCGAAAAUGGGCUCGACUGUCUCGGAUCACUCAAUCUUCGCAAAGUUAGCCAAGCACUGGGAGGAAGAGUUCUACAAGGACAUGGCGGCGCUCGCCGUGCGUCCACCCGAUGUCGUGACGCGUGUGAGCGAAUACGUUCCCGAGAUCGUCGACUACGUCGUGAAGAUCAUCGACCGCGGGUUUGCCUACGUCUCCAACGGCUCGGUGUACUUCGACACCGCUCGCUUCGAUGCCGACCCGGGGCAUUUCUACGCGAAGCUUGUGCCCGAGGCUUACGGCGACCAGAAGGCGCUGAAGGAAGGCGAAGGUGCGCUCACGGUGGCCGGAGACGACGAGAAGAGGAGUGCGAACGACUUCGCGCUCUGGAAAGCUUCCAAACCGGGCGAACCGGCGUGGCAGUCGCCCUGGGGCCCCGGGAGGCCCGGCUGGCACAUCGAGUGUUCAGUGAUGGCAGGUAGCCUGCUGGGUUCAUCGCUGGACAUCCACACCGGCGGAUACGACCUCAAGUUUCCGCACCACGACAACGAGCUGGCCCAGGCGGAAGCUUACUUUGGCAACGACCAUUGGGUUCGUUACUUUCUGCAUUCGGGGCACCUGACCAUCGCCGGCUGCAAGAUGUCCAAGUCACUCAAAAAUUUCGUCAGCAUCCGCGACGCCUUGAGUCGACACUCGGCGCGAAGGCUGCGCAUGGCGUUUCUACUUCAUUCGUGGAAGGAUACGCUGGACUACAGUGAGAACACGAUGGACAUGGCCUCGCAGUGGGAGAAAGUGUUCAGCGAGUUCUUUUUGAACAUCAAGGAUCUUCUGCGAGGUGCUCCGGGAGCCGACAGCGUUGGUGCUUUUGUGAAGUGGUCAGAGGACGAAAUGGCGCUCAACACCAAGUUCCUCGAUGCCAAGGAUGAGGUGCACGCGGCCUUGUGUGACAACAUUGACACCAGGACUGCGCUGGAAGCCCUCCGUGCGGCUGUGACCGCCUGCAACGUGUACAUCAGGAGCAAACUGGAAUCAAAAAGAUCCCCAGACGUCACGUUGCUUCGCAACGUUGCAGGAUAUGUUACGUACAUCUUGCAAGUGUUUGGAGUCGCUAACGAAACUGUGGCUCCUACGAUUGGAUUUGGAGCAGGCGACAGCAAAGCAUCGAAUGUCCCUCACGAAGAGCUCUUGCAGCCUUACCUCGAAGUUCUGUCGGCCUUUCGGCAGAAUGUGCGUAGUAUUGCGAAGAAAUUUACUGGCUCGAAUGAAGCCGACGAAGUUCUUAAGUGGUGUGACCAUCUUAGGGACAGCAUGCUGCCUGAAUUGGGAGUGCGCUUGGAAGACCGUGAGGAUGAGAAUGGAGGCUUGACAUCGGUCAUCAAGGUUGUUGGUAGGGAAGCCAUCCUGGCAGAGAGAGAAGAAAGGAGGAGGAAGGAAGAGAAGAAAAGGGAAGAGAAGGAAAGGAGAAAGAGGGAAAUGGAACUCAAGCAAGCAGAAAGAGACAUGCAACGUGCCAUCAACCCAAAGGAGAUGUUCCUGAAAGAAACAGACAAGUACAGUCUGUUUGACCCAGACACUGGCUUGCCUACGCAUGAUGUGGAAGGGAAAGAGUUGAGCAAAGGGCAACUCAAAAAGGUGAAAAAGCUGCAGGAAGCACAAGAGAAGAAGUACGACAAGUACCUUGCUGAGGUGAAGGAAUCUGUUGGUUAGAGCACUGCGAAAUCCUAUAAGAAAAUACAUGCCAUAGAUGCUUUCAAAUUUGUGUGUCAUCAGAUUGGGUACUUGCGUAUGAUGUUUAGAUAUAUAUUAUGACAUUGAAGAAAAGCCUCAGUUUUGCGUGUGUGACUUAUUGCAGUAUAUGCUUCUUGGUAUAAUCUGAAAUAAUAUUAAUGAUGACAAAGGUGUGCUUCAAUUUCAUACUUGAAAGUAAAUGAUAAGACAUGUUCAGCUCUGUGAGGUUAUCAAGUAAUGGAGCUGUUGUUUCCUUUAUGCUGAGAGCAUGUUGCACAGGAUACCAUUUCUUGGAGCUUUAUAACGCACAAGCUCGUAUGAGUCGCUUCACUGGUGUGUACGACUGCAUUUGCUGUACAGCUGUAAAUGUUCCUUUCUUGAACAAUGCGUUAAUGAGCAACAACCAUUGCUCUCAUCCUUUCAUUGCCAUGUGCUCAUCAGGCUUGUAUUUCUUUCUUUUGUUUUUGAGCAUUUAAAUAAAUUUGGUGAUAAUGA